AUGCUAUACUUGAAAGCGGUGGUGUUGGAAGGUCUUAGACGUCACCAACCGGGGCAUUUCGUGUUACCCCUCACGGCGACGGAGGAGGUGGAGUUAGAGGGCUAUGUGGUGCCCAAGAAUGCCGCCGUGCAUUUCAUGGUUGCUGAGAUGGGUUGGGACCUAGAGGUGUGGGAUGAUCCCAUGGAGUUCAAGCCCAAGAGAUUUAUGACUUCCACUGCUGCUGGUGAUCACAAGAAGAUUAAUGGAGGGGAAGCGUUCGAUAUUACAGGGACGAGAGAGAUCAAGACGAUGCCAUUCGAUGCAGGGAGAAGGAGAUGUCCUGCCUUUGAUUUGGCAUUGCUACACUUAGAAUAUUUCGUGGCCAAUUUGAUUUGGUACUUUGAAUGGACGACCGUCGAUGUCGAUCUAUCAGAGAGUCAACAGUUCACCGUGGUCAUGAAAAAUCCACUAAAGGCUCACCUCUCCCCCAGAAUGACAUGCUA